AUGGACGUUGCAAUUGCUGUGAAGGCCUUUCUGAACAGGUUUCAGGGGACAGCGUCGUUCGGAACAAACUUGCAACAAACGUCCCAGCCCGGCACCGAUGUACCGAACCAUUCAGGAGCCCGGCAUACAGAUAUCCGUCGGCCAACUUAUCGAGACACUGGCACACAGACCCUGGAAGAGGAUCCUGCAAGCUGCUCAGAUGGGUAUGGAGACGACACCAACGACGGCAGUGAAUCGGCCUAUCUUGCAGAGCGAAACGAGGAGGACGAUUUUUGGAGCUAUGGAAUGGGAGACUUCACUUACAGGCAGCAAGUCCGCGACAGUGUCGGAGUGAGCUUGAAAGGCGAUUGCGCGGACUACUACACGGAAGGGCAACCUCAAUUCGUGGCUGCAAAUGACGGAAUCAAGGACUGUGCGGCGCUUCUGAUGACCGUGCAGCUAUCUGGACUUAUCAAAGCCGCGAUACUGGCCGAAAGAGAGUUCAAGGAGGUACAAGGACAGGCGCAAGAGGAUAGAGGAGAACUCAUGAGCCUGGGCCGCAUUGUACAUCGCAAAAUCAGAUGCCUUGAGUAUCGCCUGGAUCGAAAGAAUGUGGAUGCCGCAUCGGUGGACGGGGAAUCUGGGAGGGAAGAGUUGUUCCAGGAGCUGCGGAUUCUGUGCCUCCUACACGAAGACGUCAAGCGGCGAGUGCGGUGCGUUGAGGAGACUGUCCAUGAAGCGGUCAUGACUUUGCACACAGGCGACAGGGACAUGAAGGCAUGUAUGGAGAAGGCCUUUGUCAAGGCUGAUCUCGUGGAGCGCGUAUGGUACGACCCGGAUUACUGCACAGAACCGUUGGACUUCGAGUCGGAGUACGCAGCUUUCUGUCAGCGGCUUCGAAAGGCGGAGAAAGAGCCCCAAGUCGAUAUUUCAACAUCGGACGCAACCUCGGACGCUGGUAUUCGUAUGCUUGAAGCGGUGGAGGAAGGCCAUCGGGCCGACGAACCAGCAUUAGACUCAACCUCGGACGCUGACGUACCAGUGCUUCAGGAGGCGGGUGAAGACUCCCAAGCGGACCGACCAGCUUUGGAUGCAGCUUUGAGCGCUGAUUCAACUGUGCUUUCAGAGGUGGAAGAUGGCUCCUAA